CGACCCAGAGGGCGUCCACGAUAUUUACCGGCCUCAUUUACUCUCGAUCAGUCUUCAAUCGCACGUCGAACGAAUCCGCGCUAAGCCGAGAUAAGGACUAAAGCACAUGUCUGUAGAUUAACGACCCUUCACCUUUUGCGGACAGUGUAUCAGUAGAGGACGUAGUAUCCUCAGCCAACGAAAACCAUGGUUCACGCACACCAUCACGAACACAAAGUCCGCCUUGAGGAGCGUGAUCCGAACCCAGAUGGGGUCACUGUCUACGUUACGGCAGAGCCGACCUUCACGGGUGAGAUAGGUGGAUAUUCAACCCAAGGACAGGACGACCGUACUAGUGAAGCCACCGAGACUGAGAGUGCCACCAAAGCUACCAAUACUGUCGGUGUUGGUGCGCCAGUCCAGCAAACCCGAUCGACUACACAAGAGGAGGCGACAACUACGACAGCCACAGCGACAGCGUCCAAAGAUGAAGAGACUACAACUACGAGUAAAGGGACCACAACUACGGAUGCAGCUACUACCAGGACUAAGACCACAACCGUCGACCCUACUGAAGUGACGACCACUGCGACUCAAACUCAGGAUGACACUGACGCAACGUCGAUCACCCAGACUACAUUGUCGACAAUCACAACCAGUGCCACAGACUCCGACGGCAGUGCCACUUCUACCUACGUCGCCGGCCAAUCGACUUCUACUGGAUCUAGCGCGGCCACUGUUGACUCGGGCUCGAAUGGUAUUUCUUCUGGCGCGAAGGCAGGCAUUGCGAUUGGAGUCAUUCUUGGUGUUGGACUGAUUGCCGGGUUAAUCUUCUUUUUCAUUUGGAAGAAGAAGAAGAAGAAGAAGCAGCAACAAGGUCAGAGUCUUGGAGAAAGCGAUGCAUUUGCAGGCAACGAGAAAACAUACUCGGCCUACAAUGCACCUCCUUCCCCAGCUCCCGCUUCCCAGUCCGUAACCACAGCCAACGCCCCUCAAUUGAAUGUUCGGCCUGUCACUCAGUUUGCUCCCGACUUGACCCCUAUUCAGGGUGGUGCCACGCCCGUGUCCGCAGUCAGUGCUGCUGGAGCCCUUGGUUCAGCAGCUGCCCUCUCGCGCAACCUCACUGGAAACUCCCCGCCCCAAACUCCCCAGUCUGGUGUUAGCGGCCGCGAUCCCUUUGGCGACCCAGUCAACCCAUUUGGCGCCCAUGCAGAGGUUCAGUCGCGUCCUUCUACUGCCGGUAACAACCCAGGAGGCGGCCCGGCUCCUGUUUCAUCGGUUUCUCCAAUCUCAUCGGUGGCUAUGCCUACAGCUGUGCCUUCUCCGACUGUUGCCGCCGCCGCUGUCCCUCUGCCUCCUUCCCCUUCUGAUCCUAAUUCUCCCGGACCUGUGUCACCUACGACUGCCUCAAAAGCAGGUAAUGAGUCCACAACUGCUGCUGCUGCUGCUGCUGCUGCUGCUGCAGUGGCUGGGGCCGCUGCCGUUGGGGCUGCCGCUCAAGGCUCUGAGAAUGACACUAGUCGUCCUGGAUCCUCUGACUCGGACGCCUCAUACAUCCCUGCUCCUACCGCUCCUAACUCCAAUGUGGUCGACCCUGUUGUAGCCCCCACUGCUGCUGCUGCUUCGCGCUCUGGCCCUGGCCCUGCAAUGCCAACCAAUGUCCACCGUGUACAGAUGGAUUUCACUCCGUCUAUGGAAGAUGAAAUGGAACUCCGCAGCGGUCAGCUUGUUAGACUCUUGCACGAAUAUGACGAUGGCUGGGCUCUCUGCGUGAGACUCGACCGUUCGCAGCAAGGAGUUGUCCCGCGUUCCUGCCUAUCAGCUCGUCCAGUCAAGCCCCGAGCAAAGCCACCACCUGGAGCUGGUCCUGGUCCUGGUGCCCGCGGACCUUUUGGCCCUCCCGGACACCCAGGAGCCCCAGGCUCGCCUAUGAUGGGACCUCCUGGCCGCAUGCCACAAUCACCACGCUUCUACCCCGGAGAUGUUGGCAGGCCCGGUUCACCCUCUUCGCGUCCUAGGUCUCCUGCACGCGCAAUGUCCCCUGCUCAGGGUGCCUAUGGACCUCCACCCCCGCAUGCUCAACCUCAACGCCCGAUGUCUCCUGCCCAGUUCCCAGCUGUUCCAAGGUCACACUCCCCUGGGCCUCGACCAACUCCGCCACGGUCAAUGAGCCCUGGGCCCUAUGGGCUUCCCGGUCUACAGAGACCGGAAAUGCCACAUGCCAAUCAACGACAGCGUAGCAACAGUACAGGAGGUGCUAUUCACAACUCUCGAGCCGCUCCUGGACCCGGAUCAAGUCCCUUAGCUGCUCCUUCCGUGCCUCCGCCAGCUGGUGCACUCCCAGCAAUUCCUGCAAACCCAGUGCCUGCUCCGUCCAACGAUGCAUGAUUCUGCUGGCCGCCUCAUCCACAGAAUAACGUCAAUUAUUACAAAGGCGAUUCGAUGAUAACGUGCACACCAUUACCGUAGUGUACCGCUCACAUGGAGUUUGACCUUCGUAAAUCUUUCAUUCCACUUCUUUUCUCCAACCUUUCAAGCACUUGAACUUUUUAUCCCGAUUUCCCCUUCUAACGUUGUUGACGCCCUAUCACGCUUCUUUAAAAGAAGCUCCAAGGAAUGAGUGCAUCCUCAUCCCGGAUUCUUCUGCUCUCUAAAGAAGAAUUCUGUGCAUAUCUCCAGUUGACGUUAACGGGCUAUACCCCCUUUUCAUUUCAUG